UAGCUAGAGGGUUAAUUUGUCUAAGUAAGAUGCCAUCUAUUUUUGAACCCCAUCAAUAAGGAUUUAGAUGAUUGGCUUCAGGUUACAGUGAAUGACGAAGACUUUCAUGUGUUGUGGACUAAAGCUAGAGGUUCUGAGAAACAAACACUGAGUGCUUUUUUGUAUAUAUAUUCUAGGUGCUGAGGCAUUUUCUGUCAGGUCUGUUUGCUCUGUGUGCUCCUCACUGGACUGUAUGGUCUUUGACCACGAAGCUGAAAAGAAGAGAACAACAUGUCUAUGAUCCUGUGGGCGAUAGGUCUCUCUCUGCUCAUACAGGGCUGUGUGAGCAGUGCUGGAGACAGUGAUAAAGGCUGCAUGCGAUGGAGCCCAAAGGGACAGACAGAUGUUUGCUGCGAUAUGUGCCAUCCAGGGAAUCGUAUUUUCAAUCGCUGUGGCCAAGAUCCCAAACAGCUUUGUGUUCCAUGCGAAGAAGGGACCUUCACAACUGAACCUCGAGUUUACUCUUGUUCCAGGUGUUCUGACUGCACAGGUGCUCAAGUUGUUAAGAAAGCAUGUACAAGCACAUCUGACACGGUGUGUGGCUGCCAAGACGGACUCCAGUGUGGUGAUGCCACCUGUUCAUUCUGUGUCACGACGUGUGGAAAAGGCGAAGAACCAGUGCAACGUUCUUGCCGACCAUGUGCAAAUGGAACUUUCAAUGACAAAAUUCACGAGAAGUGUAAACCUUGGAGAACCAGCUGCCCACAUCCAGAUCAGCACCUCAUCGGUGGGGAUGCAGUGAGUGACAGGAUGUGUAGCACUGGUAACGUAACCCCCCCAGGAGUCAGACCGGUCACAAAACAGGAAGAUCAAACAGACCUUUCAAUGGGACUGGUCGCUGGGAUUGUGGUCUGCAUCUGCAUCAUUUUGAUAAUUAUUAGCCUCACCAUGAUGGUCAAAAUGAAAAUUAAAAGGAAGAAGUCUGCAAAGGAACCCAAAAAAACACCUGUCAUCCGAACUCCCACAGAUGACCCCCGGACUCUGAUAGCCAUAGAGUGCAGUUUCCAUGAAGCCCAGCAAGAACAGGGUAGCAGCACGGAGUCCUUGGCAUCCAAAGACUCCAAAAAUCCACUCAUUGCAUGAAUGGGAAAGGACUGGGACACACCUGAUCAGGUUUCAUUGCACUCAGAGAGAGAAAACGGAUAGCCUGUAUAAAACUGGGUCUCCAUUCUGGGUUCUGGGACUUUGGACAAUCACUUUGUGUGCCAGUUUGCUCGCCUUUAAGAACAUGAUAAGCACAAACUUCCCUCAAUGUUCUUUUAUCCUCUUCCUUGUAGCACCGAAAGCUAGUCUGAUAAAACAGGGAUCAAGGUUUGCUUAAAGAAUACACCUCACAAUAUUAUAGUUUUUGAUGAUGAAAAGAAAAAAGGGAGGAAGGGGAAUUCUGCAGGGGAAAAACAGAGUGAACUCACCAUGGCCUUUUCACCAGGUGAAGCCACAUUAGACAAUACUGUGGCUGUUUUUUUUUUUUUUUUUUUUUUUUCAGUUAAGCUUUAAAGGGCACAUUUUGUUUUGACAGCUGUCGAUUUUUUUCUCUAUCAUCCUGGUUUAGGCACCAGAAAAAAACAGUGUAAAGGAAAUAUGUGACUCUCCUAGACAAAAGCGUUUAGGCACCACCGGAUACUACGUGUUUUUAUUUUAGAAUUUUUUUUAUUGUUAACCUUAAACUCUGAAAACUGUAGAUGUGACAAUAAAAGUGACGCUUGUGGCAUUUGGAGGCGUACUGACGCCAGCGCACUGUACUGAGCCAUUUUAGUGUCAGCUACGUCGGGUGGUGUGACAUUUGCAUGUCUGGGCGUGAAGGAGGCUGCUGAGCCUUGUUCUGUAUGAAUGUACAGUGCAGGUGGGAGUUCAGCUCGGCGUAAAAUCCUGACCACAGUCAGUUUUCACUCAGGUCUGUGCCCCGAACCCACGUGCUGCCUACAUUAUGUCUUUAGUUUUAUUCAGCCCUUACUAUGCUCAAUGUAGCUGCCUACUAUGUAUAUUAACUUUUAAAUGUAGCCUCUUUAUUAUGUUGCCGCAGUACAUAUGUGCUAUGAAUAACGUCCACCUAUGACUCAUUCUCCCCAUGACACAGCAAAACAUGAGUCAGCUUGUCUUGGAAACUUGAUGUGUCAGAUUGUAUAACAGUUUACAUUUUACUGUGAGUAAUUAUUCUUUAUUCGUUGUUUGAUAAAUGUAUUAAAGAUUUUAGGCAGAGAUUAUAGAAAAUGAUUAUAGGUGUCAUCACAUUGAUGACAGCAUGGCUCAAAUCCCCUUCCCCCUUCCUACUUUACAUUACCAGGAAGAAUAUGGACUUUCCUGGCUGCAGGGAUGCAAAAAGUCCACAGUCAGGGGGGUUUCCCUUUUAAACAGAGGGCUUUUUUAAAUUUCAUGU